UUUCUCUUCAAAUCCAUGAGUCACUCAAAGCACAAACGGUACCCUGGUCGGAUAGGCUCUGAAGAGCGGCCAUUCCGCAGAUUCGAAGCCGAGAACGUUUCCAACUACACAGCCCUCCUGCUGAGCAGGGACGGCAGGACUCUGUAUGUGGGUGCCCGAGAGGCGCUCUUUGCUCUCAACACUAGUGCCAGCUUCCUGCCAGGCGGGGAGUACCAGGAGCUGCUGUGGAGCGCAGAUGCAGACAGGAAACAGCAGUGCAGCUUCAAGGGCAAGGACCCACAGGUCACCAUCUCCCAGUUCUUGGGUUCGAGCCCCAUGUCACACUCCGCAGGGACAGCGAGCUGGGCAGUGCUGGGGUCACUCUGGGCCCUGAGGGUGGGGGGAAGGGCCGUGCCGAGGGGCCAUUCCCAUGGGAAUGUUCUCUUGGCAGAUGGCGAGCUCUACACUGGAACAGUCAGCAGCUUCCAGGGGAACGACCCGGCCAUCUCCCGGAGCCAGAGCCUCCGCCCCACCAAGACCGAGAGCUCCCUCAACUGGCUCCAAGACCCGGCGUUUGUGGCCUCGGCCUACAUUCCUGAGAGCCUGGGCAGCUUGCAAGGGGACGAUGACAAGAUCUACUUCUUCUUCAGCGAGACCGGCCAGGAGUUUGAGUUUUUUGAGAACACCAUCGUGUCCCGUAUCGCCCGCAUCUGCAAGGGUGACGAGGGCGGCGAGCGGGUCCUGCAGCAGCGCUGGACGUCCUUCCUGAAGGCCCAGCUGCUGUGCUCACGGCCGGACGACGGCUUCCCGUUCAACGUGCUGCAGGACGUCUUCACGCUGAGCCCCGGCCCCCAGGACUGGCGGGACACCCUCUUCUACGGGGUCUUCACAUCGCAGUGGCACAGGGGCACCACCGAGGGCUCGGCCAUCUGCGUCUUCACCAUGAAGGACGUGCAGAAGGCCUUCAACGGCCUCUACAAGGAGGUGAACCGGGAGACCCAGCAGUGGUACACUGUGACCCACCCGGUGCCCACACCCCGGCCCGGAGCGUGCAUCACCAACAGCGCGCGGGAGAGGAAGAUCACCUCGUCCCUGCAGCUCCCGGACCGCGUGCUCAACUUCCUCAAGGACCACUUCCUGAUGGACGGGCAGGUCCGCAGCCACCUGCUGCUGCUGCAGCCCCACGCCCGCUACCAGCGCCUGGCCGUGCACCGCGUGUCCGGCCUGCACCGCACCUACGACGUGCUCUUCCUGGGCACCGGCGAUGGCCGGCUGCACAAGGCGGUGGGCGUGGGCACCGGGAUGCACAUCGUGGAGGAGCUCCAGAUCUUCUCGCCGGGACAGCCCGUGCAGAACCUGCUGCUGGACGCCACCAGGGGCCUGCUCUACGCCGCUUCCCACUCGGGCGUCGUCCAGGUGCCCGUAGCCAACUGCAGCCUGUACCAGAGCUGCGGGGACUGUGUCCUCGCCCGGGACCCCUACUGUGCGUGGAGCGGCUCCAGCUGCAGACCCGUCAGCCUCUACCAACCCGAGGUGGCCGCCAGGCCGUGGAUCCAAGACAUCGAGGGGGCGGACGCCAGGGGCCUCUGCAACACGUCCUCCGCCAGGCCGCAGGCUCCCGUACUAACAGGCGAGCAGCCGUGCGAGCAGGUCCAGUUCCAGCCCCACACGGUGAACACCCUGGCCUGCCCCCUCCUCUCCAACCUGGCCACGCGGCUCUGGCUGCACGACGGGGCCCCCGUCAACGCCUCGGCCUCGUGCCGCGUGUUGCCGACCGGGGACCUGCUGCUGGUGGGCAGCCAGCAGCAGCUGGGGCUGUUCCAGUGCUGGUCGCUGGAGGAGGGCUUCUGGCAGCUGGUGGCCAACUACUGCCCGAAGGUGGUGGAGGACGUGUUCGCGGACCGGGCGGACCGGAGCGGCGGCGUGCCCUUCGUCGUCAGCACGUCCCGGGUGAGCGCGCCGGCCGGCGGCAAGGCCAGCUGGGGUGGGGACAAGUCCUACUGGACCGAGUUCCUGGUGAUGUGCACGCUCUUCGUGUUCGCCGUGGUGCUCCUGCUUCUAUUCUUCCUCUACCGGCACCGGGGCGGCAUGAAAGUCUUCCUGAAGCAGGGGGAGUGUGCCAGUGUGCACCCCAAGGCCCGCCCCGCGGCGGUGCCCCCCGAGACCCGGCCGCUUAAUGGCGUCGGCCCCCCCAGCACGCCGCUCGACCACCGAGGCUACCAGGCCCUAUCUGACAGCCCCCCGGGGCCCCGCGUCUUCACCGAGUCCGAGAAGAGGCCCCUGAGCAUCCAGGACAGCUUUGUGGAGGUGUCCCCGGCGUGCCCCCGGCCCCGGGUCCGCCUGGGCUCCGAGAUCCGGGACUCUGUGGUGUGAGAGCUGAUCUCUGCAGGAGUCCGCCUGGGCCUCGGAGGCCGGCAGUGCUCCGUCGGGCUCAGCCCGGCCUCCGCUCCUCGUGGAACAUGACCGUGGCGCCCGACCCUGGGGGGUGCUGGAGCCAGCCACGGGCAAGGCCGCCUCCCACCCACAGCCCUGGCUCUGAGGCCCCCGCUGAAGAUGGGGGCCUGCCCAGGCAGGCAGGACAGUGCUCCCUCUGUAAACUGAGCCCUUUGUUUAAACAACUGAAAAUGUGAAACAGGAGCGAGGAGGAGACGCAGAGGGCUCCGUGUGCGCCCUCGGCCCCAGUCCGCAGCCUCGGAGGUGGGGAGUCACCCAAAGUGGUUGUCUGCGACAGGGCCGGGAGCGCCCUCCGGCUGGCCUCUUCCACCUUCUGCCUUAGCCUGGUGCCACCGGCUGCCCCUGGUCACUGCCAAGGCAGGGGCCGGCUGGGGCUCCGUGCGUCCUGCCUCGGCGGCCGGCCGGCCCGUCACAACCAUCCUCCCGCCGCCUCAGGGACCGGAGGGCCACACCGCCCCUGCAGCCCGCACAAGGCCCUGGGCUCCGACUUGCCUGCUGGACCUUUCCAGCCUGUAUCAGGCUGCGGCCACGUGUGAGAGGCGGCAGCACGAGCCCAGGAGAGAGUUUACGCAGAUGGACGCCUUCCUCUCAGAAGCCUGCCUUCCUCCCCCUCAGCCUGAGAACCUGGGUCCCUUUUCCCCACAUCCACCCCAGACUCCUCCCCAACCCCAGUCCUCCCCAGAGUCCAUCCCCUGCACCUUGCCUGCCCCAACUCUAAGGUUCAUGGACACUGCCCAGCACAUGGGCCCUGAGUUUAUGUGGAUUUUAUAUUUUUUUUAAGGAGAUGCACUUUACUUUUUUUUUCUUUUUUUAAAAUAAAAUCUAAAGAAUAGAAA